CAUAUCAUAAGAGACAAUGUAAAGCAAAACGUCUUAACAAAGUGAAAAGAGUUGAGUUGUUGUGCCACAGUUGUUCUCCAUUUCACCAUGUUUCUCAAAAAUAUCAUGCUGUUUUUUGCAUUGAUUCCUCUUCUAGGGAUUUGUGUUGCAGGGGUAAGCGAUUUGCAAGAUCAAAGUCUUGAGAAGAGAGCUCAAGCAAAGACUCUGGUUGAUGUCAUCAAGAUUGUGGCCUCUCUGCAAAAAAGAAUGAAUUGGUUGGAAUCUGAAAGAAUCAAAUACUUACGAGGCAGAGAUGGUCGUGAUGGAAYGCCAGGAAGUCCAGGUGCCCCUGGUAUGACUGGUAGACCAGGAAAUACUGGCCAGCAAGGACUGCCUGGACCAAAAGGUGACCAUGGACCAGGAGGGGUACAGUACGUACGAUGGGGAAGAACCACGUGUCCUCCUGGUGCUACACUUGUUUACAAAGGYGUGUCUGGAGGUGGACAUUACACACAUCGAGGUGGAGGAGGUAACUAUCUGUGUAUGCCUGAAAGCCCUAAAUAUAAGCUUUACAGAAGCGGUUUCCAGAACACUGCCUUCGUGUACGCUUCAGAAUACGAAUUACCCUACUUCAAUCCAUUUCCGGGUAAUCUCUAUAAUUAUGACCCUCCGUGUGCUGUGUGCCAUGUUCAAACCCGAAGUGCAAAGCUGAUGAUCCCUGCGACAUACGAGUGUCCCGCGGGAUGGACACGAGAGUACCAUGGAUACCUGAUGACUGAGUAUCACGAUCAUAAACACUCAGCUGAUUACGUUUGCGUUGAUCAAGAUGCAGAAGCUGUACCAGGUACCCAUAACAAUAUCGGUGGUGCCCUGUGGUAUAAUGUUGAAGGCAAGUGUGGCGGUGCUCUUUCCUGCAGCAGAUACAUCGCAGGACGAGAACUCACUUGCGCAGUAUGCACAAAAUAAACGAGUCCACGGAAAAGGUAUCCAAUGAUAAAUAAAAUAGCCAAAAUGAUGAUGAUAAAUAAACUUGAUCUAAGUUAAAAAAAGUAAUCAAAGCAAGCAGGUAAAAUACUAUAAGAAUUCUUAAAUUAACAGUAAAAGUUGGAAAUCAGUAAAAUAAUAAUGCACAUUGAUUAUACAAGAGUUAUUUUGUUAUUUUAGGGAGUAUUAUUUAUUGCUAAUACGUUAGAGGGCUAUAGGGAGGAAUCAAGUGCUGAAGGGACAAAAGCCAGGAAGUUCCCUCCAAAUCCACAGGAAUCCCAAUGAUAUGAUAAGUCAUCGAUAAAACUUGUAGUCGCAGAGGACUUUUGUUAUCCCGAGUUGCUGCGACAAUUUAACAAUAGAGACUUUCCAUCAUCACGUGAUGUCAGCCAUGACAGGAGACACAACAUAGAGUUUUUUUCUCUGGGAAACUGAAUUCUUUGUCAUGAAUAUUAGGUUAGAUCA